GAGAAAAGGAGCUGGCUGGUCACAUACGGUAUGCAGACUGCUCAUUGAAGUGAAAAACACUGCAGGGAGUCAGCAGCCUGUAGAGAACACUGAUGAGAAAAUGUAGGUAUCUGCAGAACAUAUGUACUUGCAGCAUCAUUCUCCUUUUACGUAAUGAUGGCAGAGAAGUGAUUUUCCAUCAUUUCUCCAUUGACGCUCCGGCAAUACAUAAGAACCAGAACCUUCAGAGCUGCUUUUGCACUUUUCUUGAAACAUUGUCUGGACGUCGAUUCUCCCCGCAAUUGAGCAUAAAACAUCUGGCAGUGAGAAUCUCCUGUUUCAGAGCAACCGCACCGCAUCGCGCUCCGCGCAUCUCCCGUCGGCCUGAAUAGAUCUUUGUCGAGAGGACCUUCCACCAGCAAACAUGGGCCUCUCAGCAUUUGAGAACGCCGUUGUGGCGAACCCCGUCUCUAAGCAGCUGGACAAGUUCUUCCACAUUUCCCGGCGGAAGUCAAGCAUUAUGGCAGAGCUACGUGCCGGGCUUACACUUUUCAUGACAUCCGCGUACAUCCUCUUCUUGAACCCCCUCAUCCUAAGCGCCGGAGGUCUUCCUAAGGGCGAUGUGCUGCUCGCCACUGCCAUCUCCACUGGCUUUGCCACUGGCAUCAUGGGGUUGGUUGCAAACUACCCCUGGGUUUGCAGUGUUCAGCUGGGAACCAAUGUCUACUUUGUGUACCAAGUCAUCAAGCCAGGGACCAAGCCCGAAUACUGCCCGGAGGGGUCCGUUAUCCCAGAUGGCGGCUGUGACGGCUUCGAGAUUCACUACAAUAAGGCCCUAGCUGCCACAGUCCUCGAGGGAAUUGUGUUUACCGCGAUUGCACUCGGCGGCUUCCGGUCUUCUCUGAUGAAGUUGUUCCCCAAGACAGUGCUGAUGGCUGGAGCCGCAGGUAUUGGAGUCUUCAUCUCCUUCGUGGGAAUCAAGUCGAUGGGGGUGGUGGUCCAGGCGGACCCCCCGAAUCUGGUCCAGCUCAAUAAGCAAUUCAAUCGCUGCUACAACGACCCCAGCAACGGCCCCACCUGCCCCUGGCUCUCUAUGGCGGGGCUGACCCUGACCGCUAUCCUCACAGUCUACCACCUCAACGGUUCCCUCCUCAUAGGUAUCCUCUUUACCACUUUCAUCAGCUGGAUUAAGUGGACGGACACAGCCCCCCAGAAGGCAGUUGAUGCGCCGACCUUCCAGGAGACUGCUGGCAACAUCAGCUUCGCGUGGGGAAGCGACUCCGGGAAGCUGAUCUCUGCCUUCGUCACGUUCCUGUACCUCGACUUCAUCGGCGCGUGCAUCACCUUCUACUCCAUGGGCACCAUGAUGGACAUCAUCGACGAGAACGGCGACAUCCCCAACUCCAACAAGGGUUUCCUGGCGGACGGCCUCGGCACCGUCAUGGGCGGCAUCCUGGGGACGUCAUGCCUGACGACAUACGUCGAGUCCGCGGCCGCCGUCAAGGAAGGCGGCCGCACGGGCCUCUGCGCGUGCUUCUGCUCCGUGCUCUUCUUCCUCAUGUGCUUCCUGUCGCCCAUCUUCACGGCGAUCCCGAACAUCGCGACGGGCCCCAUCCUGGUGCUGAUCGGCGUGCUCAUCUUCAACGAGUCGAUCAUUGAGAUUGAGUGGAAGGAUCUGACGGAGGCCAUCCCCGCCUUCCUCACCAUCAUCGUCCAGCCGUUCACGUCCAACAUCGCGUAUGGUGCCAUCGCCGGGUUUGGCGCUUGGAUCAUCAUCAAGUUGGUGACGUUCCAGCUGCACCCGUGGCAGAAGACGUGGCCUGGCGGCAGCUGGGCCACCAACUACCUGCACGUGCAGGCAUCGCGGUCCAUGAAGAUGGAAAUGGGCGACGACACCCUGCCGACCACCGAGUCCGAUGUCGCCAAGCAGCCCCCGUCCCCUCCUCCGAAGGUCUGAAGCCGGAGACGAUUGACCCAAGAGGAAUGCGCCUCGACUACUAGCUCGGUUAAGUAAAAAGAAGGGGGAUCUGGUGUACAAAUAUGGUCGGGGGGGCGCUGGUACAAGGGUCGAUGUGCAGAACUCUUUGGAAAGUCCCCGUGUUGCAUGCUAGGCAGGUGAAAUAGCCGUCACUUGCUUGGUUUCGCUUGUCCUUAUCGGGAGACAAGGCGCGAAGCGAGUCGCGCGCAGUGGUUACUCCUUCAGCCUCUCCUACACAACGAACCUGUAAGUCACGCAAGAACUUCUGAGGUAUUUAUCUAAGGCGUCGACUCACAGGUCAGUCUGAGCGCGACUGUAUAUUGAACGUUAGGAGGUUGAAGUAUGCGAAGCUUAUGUAAGUAGAUAAUAAGUAGAACGUGCAAGCCAUCCAGUCCUUGGCUUCAAGAGAAAACAUGGUAGGCAAAGACAGGCUUGCUACCUAUGGUACUAUGACAAGUCGAACAUUCCCCGCUUUAACAGUAUUUAACAAUUGAAUUGCUUCGCAAGUACUUCGAAGCGUUCCAUAUGGAUGCAAAUUGUUAAGCCAAGCAACCCUCCAGGGUGGCG